UUCUCUCACCCAUCCUCUCUUACUCUUUAGCUCCCCCCUUUCUCUCUCUAUUUCCUCCCCCUCCCUCCAUCUCUCCCCCAACCAUUCCCUUCUUCUUCCUCUUAUUUCUCACCCAUCCUCUCUCUCUCUCUCUCUCUCUCUCUCUCUCUCUCUCUCUCUCGGUCAGCGCGUGCCUCUCAGUCGGAGCAGCAGCUCGCGCUCUCGGUUCUGGUCGGUCGGCACGCGGCGGUCUCCGGUUGAUGAGCAGCGGCGGAUCUUCAUCCCCGUCAUCAUCAUCAUCACCGUCACCUUCCUCCUCCUUCCUCACCGUCACCGGCGGCGGAGACUCAAAGUUGCGGAGGCUCCGGUGCUCCGUGAUCACAACGGAGGGGCUCCCGGGAUACCGGAAUCUGGACUCCAUGGAAACGGAUCAGUGUGUGUGUUUAACGGAUCCCCGGUGCUCUAAUUGAUCGCCUCUAUUGGAUCAGUAACGGAUUUUUUUUUUCUUAUUUUUUAAAUUUAUUUAUUUUUCUCUGGAACGGAUUUCGGGACCGUCCUGGGCGGACCGGUGGCUUCCUCCGGUCGGGACUCAACUUCCUAAUAACGGACCACCGGAGCUCCUCUCUGCUCCCCGGGGGAUCCUCUCUCUGCUCCCCGUUGCUCGGCGCUCCUCAGCGGGGGAGCAAAGCGGAGAAGUUCCCAGAGCUCUGGAGGAGUUGGAGCCUAUGUUCCCCCGGUUUAACGGGGGCUUUAACAACCGGAUAACGGCCGAGUGAUGUGAUUCCCAGGAGGGAUUGAUUGCUGGAUAAAAAAAAUAAAAAAUAAAAACCACAUUUUCGACCCUCCUCCCCCCCUUUUCUCCGUUCCAACCGGCGCCUGUCUCACUGACACCUUCCUGGGUUAUCAAUCAGCUCCGGUGCCGUUCCAUCCAUCAGCCGCGGAUCGUUUAGAGCCGCCCGAUGAACGAUCUCCUGCUCGGUGAAAUAAACCCACACGCUGGCUGUAAAUUAUCCACUUAACCCCCUCCGGAGAGAGUUAUCACCUUUAUUAAGGCGCUGCCUCCGUCCGCGGCGAAAAGCUCAUUUUGGUUUUUAAAAACGUGCCAGAGACAAACGCGGCAGCCUCCCGCUCGUUUUAAUCAACUUUAAACGGCUCGUCUGCUGCUGGAGAAGAGAAAAAAAACAAUUUAAAGCCACCUGGAGCUCCAUGUGACACAUUCUGACCAGCAAAUGUGGAGAAAUUGCACCAAAAUUCAAAUAAAAAUGCCCAUUAUUUAGCAUCAAAACUGCAAAUUUGCACCAAAACAGCCCUGGAAUAAUAAUAAUCUCAGACUCCUGGCUCCUUUUUCUGACCUUAAUGUCCUGCUAGGGGCUUUAAUCUCCCACCGAAUCAUCAUAAUAAUUCCAUAACGGCCCAUUGGGGGGUUUAUUUGUGCGUUAAUUGCAGAUCUGGAGAGCUUUAACUCAGAACAAAUUAACUUUAUAAGCGUCCGGGGACCAGAACCUGCCACUACAACUCUCUGGUUGUUGGUUUAAGCUUUGGAAAUGAUUUCCAGCAUCCUGAUUUUAUUUUUAAAAACACAAUCUGCGAGGAAAUCCUGCUAAAUCAGCUUUAUUCUCCUCGCAGGCUUUGACACCUCGGAGUGUCUGCGGUGGUUUAGCUUACCCAGCUGGUUUUUCCCACUGAGAGUCUAUGGAUGGUUUGCUCACUGUAUAGCCACAUCCUCAACAGCAAACCUCCUCCUCUUCCUCCUCCUCCUCCUCUUCUUCCUCCUCUGCUCUUGAAACUGAGCCAUGCAGCAUUGAUUUUUUAUUCUCCGUUUGCCGCUAAUCGCACAUCCCGUCGGCUCUCGGUUUGUCAGGUUUGUUGCCUGAAAUGUGAGUCGUGCCACGGUGUUUGUUUCCUGAACCCGAAGGACGUCCGUCGGGAGGUCGGAGGUCAUCGGAAGUGCAACUGCUGCAGCUCCAAGUGGAGGUUCUCAACCGGAUCAAACUCCUCUGGGUAUUGAUGAAUCUCUCCCCAACUCUAAACUUUGAGUUUUUUUUGUUGUUGUAGAGAUAUCCAAAGCUAGAUGGGACUAAACGACAGCAGCCCCGGCGCCAUGCGCAACGGUCGCGGCCUCUCGGACCAGUGGGCCGAGUCGGUGGUGGUCCGGCCUCGAACCACCGAGCGCCACAUCACGGUGCACAAGCGCCUGGUGUUGGGUUUUGCCUUGUCCAUCCUCACCCUGAUUAUUGUGACCGCCGUCGCCGUAGUGCUCAGCGUCCGGUUCGAGGAGUGCGGCGGCGGACGGGACCGCGAUGGGUCAGCCGGCGAGUCGGGGUCCAGGGGAUCGGCGAGAUUGAACGGGAGCCGAGGCGAGAGGACCGGGGAGCGGGGUGACGAGGAGGCGGUGCAGCCCUGGAGGAACUCACGGCUGCCGGGUACGGUGAGGCCGCGGCACUAUGACCUCCGACUCGCCGUCUACAUGGACAACUUCACUUUCUCCGGGGAGGUCAGCAUCGAGCUGGAAUGCGUCAACGCCACCAGGUUCAUCGUGCUGCACGCCGACCGCCUUGAGGUGGAUCGGGUCUCCGUCACAGCAGAGGGUGGCGGUGGUAGUCGUCCUGCCAACCGUCCGGGGGGCGGAGUCAUGCGUGUGCACCGCCACUUCCCGUUCCCGGCCAAUCAGAUGUACGUGGUGGUUCUGCACCGUGAGCUGAAGCCAAUGAGACUCUACAGACUCAAUGUGAGCUUUGACGCCGCCAUCGAGGACGAACUGCUGGGAUUCUUCAGGAGCUCCUACACCCUGCAGCGGGAGAGACGCUACCUGGCGGUGACCCAGUUCAGUCCGAUCCACGCCAGGAAGGCCUUCCCCUGCUUCGACGAGCCGGUCUACAAGGCCACGUUCUCGCUGAGCCUCCAUCACGACCCUCAGUACACGUCUCUGUCCAACAUGCCGGUGGAGAGCAGCUCGCUGUCCGACGAGGAUGGAUGGACGACCAACAGGUUCGCCCGAACACCUCGUAUGUCCACCUACUACCUGGCCUGGGCCGUCUGCAACUUCACCUACCGGGAGACGCAGAGCGACGCCGGCGUGACGAUCCGACUCUACGCCCGACCCGACGCCAUCUCCAGUGGUGCCGGCGACUACGCCCUGCACAUCACCAAGAGGCUGCUGGGGUUCUACCAGGACUACUUCAAAGUCCAGUACUCGCUGCCCAAGCUCGAUUUGUUGGCGGUUCCUAAACAUCCGUACGCCGCAAUGGAGAACUGGGGCCUCAGCGUCUUCGUGGAGCAGAAGAUCCUGUUGGACGCCGAGGUGUCGUCGUCGUCCUAUCAGAUGGAGCUCACCAUGGUGGUCGUCCACGAGAUCUGCCACCAGUGGUUUGGAGAUCUCGUGACUCCGGUCUGGUGGGAGGACGUCUGGUUGAAGGAAGGCUUCGCUCAUUUCUUUGAGUACGUUGGAACAGAUUUCCUCUUUCCAAAGUGGAACAUGGAGAAGCAGCGUUUCCUGACUGACGUCCUCCACGAGGUGAUGUUGCUGGACGGCCUCAGUUCCUCCCAUCCCAUCUCACAGGAAGUGGAGCAGGCGACGGACAUCGACCGAGUCUUCGACUGGAUCGCCUACAAAAAGGGGGCGGCGCUGAUCCGGAUGCUGGCUAACGUGAUGGGACAGCCGCUGUUCCAGAAAGGCCUCAACGAUUACCUGCUGAGUCACAUGUACAGCAACGCAGCCAGGAACGACCUGUGGAGCAAACUAUCGGAGGCAAUGCGUUCGGAGGGGCGGGACAUCGACAUUGGCGAGAUGAUGGACAGGUGGACUCUGCAAAUGGGCUACCCAGUCGUCACCAUCAGCAAGAACCAAUCAGAGCAGCUGCCGACUCAUUACAUCACCAUCAACCAGGAGCACUUCCUGUACGGACAGUCGGAAGUCAGGAAGAACAACAGUCUACAGUGGCAGGUCCCGUUGACGGUCGCCGUGGGAAACGCAUCCAGCAUUUGUUCGGAGAGCCUCAUAUGGAUCAACAACAAGACAGAAACCCACAGAGUCAGCGAAAUGGACAGCAGCACCUGGUUGCUAGGCAACAUCAACCAAACCGGAUAUUUCCGUGUGAACUACGACCUGCAGAACUGGAAACUGCUGAUUCAGCAGCUGCACAACAACCCUCAAAUCAUCUCGGUUGGAAACAGGGCGGGGCUUAUCGACGAUGCCUUCAACCUGGCCAGGGCGGGCUACCUCCCCCAGGGCAUCCCCUUGCAGCUGAUUGGCUACCUUCCGGAGGAGACAUCCUUCCUGCCGUGGCACGCUGCCAGUCGAGCGCUGUACCAGCUGGACAAGCUGCUGGACCGGACCGACGAGUACCGGCUGUUCAGUGACUACGUGCUGAAGCAGGUUGCGUCCCGCUACCAUCAGAUGGGCUGGCCGACCAACGGACCCGGGGCCGAGGGAAACAUCCUGCAGGCGUCUUACCAGACUGAGGAGCUACAGAGGGAGCUAAUCAUGUUGGCAUGUAGCUUCGGGAACAAACAGUGUCACCGCCAGGCCGUCGCCUACAUCUCCGACUGGAUCUCCAGCAACAAAAACAGGAUUCCCCCCAACAUCCGAGACAUCGUCUACUGCACCGGGGUGAGUCUGAUGGACGAGGACGUCUGGGAGUUCAUCUGGAUGAAGUUUCACUCGUCCAACGCCGUUUCAGAGAAGAAGAUUCUCCUGGAGGCCCUGACCUGCUCGGACAACACCUUCCUGCUCAACAGGUUGCUGAACCUGUCACUGACCUCAGAUCUGGUUCCGGAGCAGGAUGUGAUCGACGUCAUCAUCCACGUCGGCAGAAACCCGCAGGGUCGGAAUCUGGCCUGGAAGUACUUCAGGGAAAAGUGGGACGUCCUGAACUCUCGCUACGGUGAAGCUUUGUUUAUGAACUCGAAGCUCAUCAGUGGAGUCACGGAGUUCCUCAACACCGAGAGGGAACUCAACGAGUUGAAGGAGUUCAUCCAGUCCAGUGGCGUGGGGGCGGGGCCUGCGUUGCCGCGGGCACUGGAGGUUGUCGAGGGCAAUGUGCGCUGGCACCGCCUCCACCGACGGCAGUUCUACCAGUGGCUACGCAAACCUCUGAGCCAAGCCAUCGGCUAACGCUACGCCGGCCAGCUCGAGCAAAGCAGAUGCAGACUGACUGCUUAGCUAACGGAGCUAACGCUGGCUAACAGAUGCAGUCAGACAGAAUGAAACAAACUGAGUGAAUGAGCAGGAAAACUGGUUCGACCAGUUACUAAACUAGUUUCUUUACUGGUUUUGUUUUUAUAGAAACUUAAUUUGAGACUUUAUUUCUGAUGGGGUUCUUUGUUAUUUCCUCGACGUGUGGCUGAUGUGGUUUAACUGGUUUCUGUGGUGUAAAAAGUAAAGACAAAUUCAUUGGAGGCUAGCAGUUAGCCUCAAACCUUCCCAAUAACUUCAGUCAUAGGAAAGAUUGAAAACUUCUGUAAAGAAUCUGCUGCCAGGUGAACUUUUAGACAUGAAUUUAGUCUGCUUGUUAAGUCGGAUUUAACAGCCAUUUGUGGGUCCAAGCGCUCCUUCACAUCCCAAAAGCAAACGGAAAACUUUUAGGUCUUAGAAAAUGGUGUAGCUGUUCCCCCAGGUGGUAUAUUGAAGGUCAGAGUCCACAAAAAAGAGGAUUUACAAGGUUUAGUGGAGACAGAAGUGAGUAGUCUGUUAGCUAGUUGACAUCUAAAGAUGAUAUGCCAAAGUCUAGCUGAGAUUUUUCUAAAAUGUCUAAAAUUUACAGAUAUUGAUAUUAAACUAAGAUGAAAACUUAAUAUGUACCAGUCAGGAUUUUGAAGGGUUAGUUAAGUUAGGCUAGGUAACCCUCUGAACUCCAACAACUUUCUGGGUGUUUUUGCUCCCAUCAUGAGACUUUUAAUGCCAUUAAUACUAAAAAAGGAAAAAGUAGACCUUUGAUUAUUUAUUUGACAAGAAUUGAGAAUAACUGGAAUUAAGAUGAGCAAGAUGUUUUGCAAAGUGUUACCAACACUGGAAACAAAAGGUUUUCCGAAGGGUUUAGGUUACAUCUUAACAAGCAGAUUAAAACUGAAUGAUUUGACCAACAACUUAACAACUUCACACAAUAACAUCUAAACACGAAAGGACUUGUUCAGAUUCAAAAAUUGACCUGCAGAGCAUUUUGUUGCCAUUAAAUGUUGGCUUCAGUUCAGAAUUUCUUAAAGACACGACUUCCAAAGAUGGUUUUGAAACUGAUCGAGGUGAUGGGCGUAUGUAUGUGGUGCUUUUUGAGGUUCCGUAUUGAUUUCUAUCAGUGUUCUGAUGUUCUUUAUGAAUUUUUGUUGAACCUUUGUUGAGGCUUCUAGUUACUGAUGUUCAAAUAGAACCUUAAAUCAACCAAAACCAACCAGGGUAAACACCAAGCACCUUUCAUAUCUGUAGUUUUCUGCUUUUUUUAUUUCCUGAUUGAAACCUCUUGGCUCCGAUGCAAACUCAUCACUGAACCAGAACGGUUUAAACUGGACCUCCUUGUGUUCGCCACAUCUAACCAGUUGACACUUGAAGGCAGAUUUCCCGGCGGCAUGUCGAUCUUUGAACAGAGGCAUAAUUAAUGGUACAGCGACUCCACGUCCUGUGAUCACAGAAAUCAUUCAUUAACUCUCCACAACACUCGGACCGCUUCAACUUUGUUUUCUUUUUCACGAUGAAAACCUCCAGCAAUUUACCGAAUAUCAAUCGGUUCCGGAGGCUUUGGUUGUUUCAGAAAUGCCCUAAUGAAAAUAAAAGCAGACUCAGAAUUAUCGCUCUAAACCAGAGAGAACAAGCAGACGUGGAAGAGUAAUUGCUCAUGAGACACGAUGUGAUCAAUCAAAGGUGACACAAUUAAUUAGAAAUUAGAAUAAAUGGUUAGAAAACCAAUUUAAAGUUUGUUUAAAGUCAAAGACAUGUAUUACUGUCGUGUAUGAUCUAUUAAUUUAUACAUUUUCUACUUGAUGUAACAUCCAAAUAACAAGUGAUUACGAUAUGAGACAUGAAAAAUCUAUUUUUAGUUGUAAACUGUCAUAAAUGAAGAAAAGAUCGUAUUUUGGGGUUGAUGUGUAUUCAUGUGAAAUGGCAACCUGCCUUGAAUUACGGAAUCUUUAGCCAUAACUACUCGUUCUCUGCACACUGCAAUUAUAAUGUGAUUGUGGAAAAUUACAACAACGCAAAGUACAUGUUUUGCGUUUUCAUUUUCUUGACGAGAUGGUAGAAAGUAAACAAAAGCAAUUUUUGUGCCAUUUUAGUGGAGCUCAAAAGAUUAAUCAAUUAGUUUUCUGCUAUUAAGGUAAUCACUAGCUAUUUUCAUAAUGGAUUCAUGGAUUAUUUUUUUUAAAAAAAGGCAAAAUUCUCUGAUUACAGCUCUUUAAAAGUUAAUACUUCCUGUUUUCCUAAACAAACAAUUGCCAUCUUGGGUUUUGGGAGGGAAAAAAGGAAAACUUUCCCCAUUUGUGUCAUUUUAUAGACCAGACAACUAAUUAAUCCAGAACAGGAAUGACAUAUUAAUACAAAAUCAUUACCAGUUGCGGUCCUAGUUGUUAUUAAUUAACCCCUUUUAGCAAUUGCCGAUGACUACAUAUAAAGCUUAUUUUAUUUAGCGCUUUUUAACUUAAACAUGGUCAUUGGCUUAAAUUGAAGAAGACACCUGUAUCAUUAAGUAUACAAAUCACUUAUUUGUCUGUGAAAAUGUGAGACACUGAGUACAACAUUUUCUCAGAAAAAAAAAAUGCUUUUUUGUUCGUUUGUUCAUGAAUUCCUUAAAUUUACCUUUCCUGAUGCCAGGUCCAUAUUAUACCAAACUGUAGAUGCAGAUGUCCAAACAUUGGCGCGAGCUGUAGAAAGGGGUUAAUUAUGUGAAAAAUAGUUUUCCUAAAUUUAAUCCACCUUCAAUCCUGCUUUUCUAGCAACUUGCUAAAACCCAACAGAAUCUCCUGAUUAAUUAAUUGAAUAAACUGACUGGCAAAUGGGCAUGAAUCUUUUUUUUUUUUUGAAACAAAAAACUUACUGACUCGGUGAAAUCGACAAAAUUAAAAGACCAACCAAAAAAAGAGACUCUUUCUGUCACAAAAGCACAAAACCUGAAAGUUGUUGGACGAUCCAACCUCAGAAAAGAAGCUGGAAAAAGCUAUUUUUUUUUAGCCAAACAAUGGUUAGAAAUGCAUCAAGCCUUUAUUUUCUGUGGAGAAAUAACCAACAAAUUGCUGAGAACGAAAAGGGUGACAAGACAAAUGGCUUAAAGAAAUGUGUUCAGUGUUAUUAUAUGCAGACGAUGUGGCUUUUUAUAUUCGCUAAUGUUGACGAAUUGGAGCUUGUCAUCGCCGAACUCUUGCAGCUUGUUUAAAAGAUCGAACGGACUUGGAAUUUACCUUGUGAGGAUGGCAUGGAUGUAGACUUGGUGAUGCAUUGACAAAAUUUACAGCCUCACGGACUUCACAAGGAUUUGAGUUUUACCGAUUGGUGCGUUUGGAGAUUCUUCGACGAACACUUUUGAAGCAAAGUGAAUUUCAUGGACAUUACGGCGUGUUGGGUGGUUUAAUCUCAACAAAAUUAUGGAUUUUAAGUAACUGACUGGAUACUUGAUGGAGCUUAUAGCACAACGUGAUGGAUUAUGUGACAGAAAUCGACUCUGCCGAUUGGAAUGUACAGUAUAACGCGCUCUGUGGCGCUACCGACUUGGAGUCUGGCAGCAUCGUGUCGGGUUUAACGGAUGUUCCAGACUUUGGAAAUGUAAAUGACGCUGGUUAAACUGGGGAUAUUUUUGAGGAAUUUUGGACGGAUUCGAUGAAAUGAAAAGUCUGCUGUAUCGAACUUUCCGUCCUGUUGACUUUUCAAAGUCGCUCCUCUUCUGUUAGAUCCAGCUUUGAUGUUAAUAAUUGAGCCAUAUAUGAAUUAAUGGGCCUGCCUGCUUCUAUACACAGUGUGUCCAGUGAUGUGUGUGUGUGUGUGUGUGUGUGUGUGAUGAAGAUGAACAUAACGGCAGUAGUGACUGAUUAAAGUUAUGAUAAUUGACGUUAUUAUAACGAUGAUCAGGAGGGUAAUGAUGUGGAAAAGAUAAUUAGCAUUAUUAUAAUUAUUCAGCAUUUUGAACCUUUAUUGUCCAGUCAGGGAAAUUCAGUUUACACACACACAAAAAAUUACAAAUCUGCCCUAAUGUACGAUAAACAUUGUAAAUUAUACAAAUGUGAUAUUUAAAAUUAAAACGUGGUACUUGAAGAUGGUGUUUGUAAUGAUGAUGAUGAUGGUGAUGAUGAUGAUGAUGGUUGUGGUUUUGGACCAAAGUCUUGAACGAAACAGGAAGUUGCAGAGAAGAAUCCUAAUUCCUGUUGACGCUGCUUUGGUUUCUUGUGUUUUCUGAUUGGACGAUAUUAAAAAAAUGGUUCACCUUG